CAGACUAAAGAAGCUUCACAUAAUCUCCUUAAUUAUUCUCUCUCUUUCACACACACACAAACAACAUUGUCCAAUUGUUUGGUUAAACCUUUGAUGACACAAAAUAAGAAAACAGACCCAGAUAACAUGAACUGGGUGAACCAAAAAACAACGAACAUCACACAAUGACUAGACUUCUUUUUAUCCUAUCUUUUUUAACCUUACUCUCAGUAGCUCAUCCCACUAGAAGAAUUCUCCACCAGCCACUCUUUCCAGUCAGCUCAGAACCACCACCAGACACCCAACUUCCACCACCAGCACCACCAAUCACCACCACCCCAGAUGGAGACCAACCAUUCUUCAACGAAAACCCGAAUGGAAACACCCAAGUUCAACCUAUACCGACACCGAGUCCACCAGUCGUGGUUGGACCCGAUUCAAGUAACAACAUUUCACACCCUAUUGCCUCACAACCACCUUCCAAACCAGCCAAGAAAAUAGCUGUUGCUAUUUCUGUUGGGAUUGUCACACUAGGAAUGCUGUCUGCAUUCGCGUUUUUCGUUUACAAACAUAAGUCUAAACAAGCUAGUGACUCGCAGAAACUUGUCGGUAGCAGACAUAAUUCGCGACGAAAUAGUACUGUCGACAAUGAUCCACCUUCUAGUUUUCUUUAUAUCGGAACAGUUGAACCCUCGGUUCGUGAAACAACGAAUCUGCCACCUAAUGUGUCUCCGUAUCAUAAACUGAAUUCGGUUAAAAUAUCAGAGAGGUAUAGACCAAGCCCUGAUCUUCAGCCACUUCCACCAUUGAGUAAACCCCAAGAACCGCCACCGGUUAGCCAUUCGCCCCCAGCGAUGUCUUCUUCAUCAUCUGAUGAUGAAGAAGAUACCGAAAAUAAUGAUUUUUAUACACCUCAUGGAUCAAAUGCAAGCACUAAAUCAAAAUUGAGUCAGUCUAGUAAUAACAGUUCGAGUUUGGUGAUUCAAGAUAGAAAAGUAGCACGGUCGACUAGCCUUGUGGCUCAUUCGAAAAGAACUUCACCUAGGUCGAGGCUCUCGGUUUCUUCUUCAUCUUCACCUGAUACAAAACAUAGAAAUAAUCCACAUCCACCACCAAUAGUUCCUACAACAAUGGAGUAUAGUCAGCCAUUAGCUAUAACAUAUGGUCCAAGAAGGACUAAAUUCGCAGCACCACCGCCUCCACCGGAUAUGACACGUUUGAAUUCCAUAGAUAAUCAAUCUCACAAAAAGCCUAAACUAUUUCCACCACCGCCACCACCACCGCCACCACCGCCGCCACCACAGCCAGCAACGACUGUGCAAAAGAUGGGCAUCUCUCCAGUAAAGGUGCCCUGCAUUCAAAAAGUUGCAAUGCCAGAAUCAAGGAGUCUUAGUCCUAAAGUAAUUCCUGGAAUUGUGAAACAAAAGCCAUUGGAGGAAGUAAACAACAAUGGUGUUGAGGGGGAUGAUGCAGACGAGUCGAAACCAAAACUGAAGCCUUUACACUGGGACAAAGUACGGGCAACUUCUGAUAGAGCAACCGUAUGGGACCAGCUAAAAUCGAGCUCCUUUCAACUAAAUGAGGACAUGAUGGAGUCUCUUUUUGGGUGUAAUUCUGCUAAAUCAGCUAAGAAAGAAGAAACACCAAGAUCUGUUCUUCCUCCGGUUGAAAAGGAAAACAGAGUUUUGGAUCCAAAAAAGUCACAAAACAUAGCCAUUCUGCUAAGAGCGUUGAAUGUAACAAGGGAUGAGGUAUCUGAAGCACUUCUAGAUGGAAAUCCAGAAGGCUUAGGUGCUGAACUCCUGGAAACACUGGUAAAGAUGGCUCCAACCAAAGAAGAAGAGAUAAAACUUAGAGAUUAUAAAGGUGACAUGUCAAAAUUAGGGUCUGCAGAAAGAUUUCUAAAGGCAAUACUUGAUAUACCAUUCGCAUUUAAACGAGUUGAGGCCAUGCUUUACAGAGCUAACUUUGAAACUGAAGUCAAAUACCUCAGGACUUCCUUUUCAGUACUAGAGGCAGCAAGUGAGGAACUAAAGAGCAGUCGUCUUUUCCUCAAACUCCUUGAAGCUGUUUUAAGAACGGGAAAUCGUAUGAAUGUUGGCACAAAUCGUGGUGAAGCUACAGCUUUUAAACUUGACACACUCUUAAAACUAGUAGACAUAAAAGGGACAGACGGGAAAACGACAUUGCUUCACUUUGUAGUCCAAGAGAUUAUAAGGUCUGAAGGCACAGAAUCUGAUGCUAAAAGCAACGGUUUUUCUGCUGCAGCAUUUAAGAAGCAAGGGUUGCAGGUUGUUGGUGGGCUGAGUAGAGAAUUAAGUAAUGUCAAGAAAGCAGCAGGAAUGGACUCAGAUGUUCUAAGUGGCUAUGUUACAAAGCUUGAAAAUGGACUCCAAAAGAUUAGAUUGACAGGUCAUGACAAGCCAGAUAUGCAAGGGAACUUCUUUGAGUCAAUGAAAAUCUUUUUUAAAGAAGCAGAAGCAGAAAUUAAAAAGAUCAAGAUGGAUGAAAGAAAGGCAUUGGCGUCUGUGAGAGAUGUAACAGAGUAUUUCCAUGGUGACACUGCACGGGAAGGGGCUCAACCGUUCAGAAUCUUUAUGAUUGUAAGGGAUUUUUUAGGCGUAUUGGACCAUGUUUGUAAAGAAGUCAGUCAAAUGCAAGAAAAAACUAUGAUGGGUUCAGCAAGAUCGUUCAGGAUUGCUGCCACUGCAUCAUUACCGGUUUUAAACAGGUUCAACGUGCAUCCUAGUACAAGUUCUGAUGAUGAAAGCUCAUACUCAUCUCCAUGAGACUAGAAUAUACACCAAAAAUUUACACAUAAGGAUCAACUUUUGUACAAGAUUGAAAUGGGAAAUGCAUCUUGUACAAACAUAAGUGUAUCUUCUUACUCUGAGCUUGGAAAAAAGGGAAGAUCAAAAGAGUAAAUAUUGGAUGAGGAAACAGCUACAAAAUCUAAAGUCCAAAUAAUCAAGAAGAAAUCGAGAUAGCAAAAACGACAGUGAUGUUUAUUUGGAUUUAAGGCUUCAUCCAAAAACCUAAAAAGAUACUGGAAACUUGGCAUCUCAUGGAUCUUCUAACAUGGUAUAGUAUACAUACUGAUAAAUGAAGUAGUUUUAUUUGCUUACAUACAUUCUUACAAGAAAAAUAAAUGUUUAUUUAUUACGGGAAUCAUGCUUUAGCUUGGAUUAAAGUAGACCAAUCUUUUGUCUCUAA